GCGGGCGCAGCAGCCUCCUCCGGGGCGGGCCCGGGCCGCGCAGUCAUGAUCGGCGCCGACCCCGCGGGCAGCGAGGAGCCGGCGUGGCCCUGGAAGGAAGCCUCGCUCCAGGCGCUGGUGCAGCGCGUCCACGAGUUACAGGCUGAACGCGCGCGGACCUUCCGCCGGCUGGACGAAGGCCACCGGCAGUACCUGCGCAGCGGGCCGCCCCACGCCUUCCCCCGCUUCCGCGCCACCGUGCACGAGGUGACCCAGGCCUUCGCCGCCGCCUCGCGGGAGGUGCUGGCCCUGGAGGCCGAGCUGGCCGGGCCGCGCGUGCAGCCGCUGCUCGCCGGCCACCUGCGCCGCCUGCAGCGCCUGGAGCAGACGCACCUGGCCACGGUGGCCCUGCUGCAGCUCACGGGGACGCCAGAGUGGCUGGAGGCGCAGGAGGACACCCCAGGGCGGCAGGAGCUGAGGACUCAGGUAAUUAAAACCAUGGAGGCAAUCAGCGACGUUCUCCAGGACCUCAAGUUUGAUGCGGAAUCUGCCGAGUGAUGGCGGCUCCCCGGGGACCCGCCGAGGGAGAUGGGAAAUGCGGCGGAUGGCGGCCAGCCCAGCCCGGGACCGCCAGCUGGCCGGGGUCGCGGCUCGCGGGCCUCCGACCCUCCCCCCGGAAUAAAGAGCCCUUCUAGGCA